AUGGAUCAGUACUUUGGCAUUGCCAAAGUAAAAGUACUACCACCGAGAAGACUCUAUCAUCCCGUCUUGCCCUACCGCUCAAAUGGAAAGCUGAAGUUUCCUCUCUGUCGGAUGUGUGCAGAUGAAGAGCAGCAGACCCCAUGCCAACACUCGGACGAAGAACGGGCCAUCCUAGGUACUUGGUGUACUCCAGAAAUUCAGAAGGCUGUACAGAAGCGUUACCAAGUCCUUAAAAUAUACGAGGUUUAUCACUGGUCAGAAACUGCCCAGUUCGAUCCAGAGACCAAAACUGGUGGUCUGUUUGCUGAAUACAUCAAUACUUUUCUACAGCUGAAGCAAGAAGCCAGUGGUUGGCCGGAAUGGUGCAAGACGGAUGGGGACAAGACUCGCUACAUCAAAGAUUACGAAGAGAGAGAAGGCAUCCAGUUGCGAGAGAAUGCUGUCAAGAAAAAUCCAGGCCUCCGCUCUUUGGCAAAACUCUGUCUGAACAGCUUCUGGGGAAAAUUCGGACAAAGGCUCAAUAUGAAACAGUCCUCCUUCAUCCAUCAAAACAAUGCCGAAACCUUCUUCAAGAUGCUGACGGACCCCACCAAAGAGAUCGUCAACUUUCAUAUUCUCACAGAUAACAUCUUGCAGUUGGAAUACCAACACAAAUCGAGCUUUGUUCCCGAAGACAAAAAAGUCAACAUUUUUUUGGCCACCUUCACCACGUCCUGGGCACGUCUGAAACUGUACAGCUUCCUAGAAAGAAUGGACCGACACGUGCUGUACUACGACACAGACUCUGUCAUCUAUGUGUGUAAGCCAGGCAGCUACCAGCCUGUAUUGGGCGAUUACCUUGGCGAUUUGACAGAUGAGUUGGAUGGAGACCACAUUGUAGAGUUUGUCUCUGGUGGUCCUAAGAAUUAUGCAUACAGGACGAGCAAGGGAAAAGAAACCUGUAAGGUGAGAGGGUUCACUCUCCACCACACCAACGCCCAACUCAUCAAUUUCGCCGCCAUUCGAGACAUGGUGUUGUCUCCAACGAGAGAUGGGUCCAUAACGGUGACCAAUCCUGGCAAAAUAUCGAGAGAGAAAAGAAAGAGAAAAAUCUACAACAGACCCGAAAACAAAAAGUACCAGAUCGUCUAUAACAAACGGGUCAUUCUGAAGGAUUUAAACACUCUUCCUUAUGGCUAUUAA